AUGGAGAAAAGAGUAAAGAAUAUUGCUAUAGUUGUUGGGAUUUUAUUCUUACUUAUAUUUAUGUUCCCAGAAAAAGCUUUUUAUAUCACAGUAUUCCUCAGUGGUAUUAUCUGUACUCUCAUAUUUGAACUCGUUAUAUUUUACUUUUAUAUAACAAAAGAAUCUGACAUUCCUGAGCCUUCAGUAGUUUCAUUAUAUACCCCUCGGCCUCUCCCUAAGACAAUACCCUUAGAAGAGGCAAUAGAAAAUGCAAGGAAAAACUCUGGAAAUUCAUUAUAUGUAGCUCAAGCUCCUUUAGAAAGGAGAAUGUCAGCAUUACCUUGUGUUUGUAAUAGCCCAGAGUUCGCUAUGCUAUGCAGUGGUGGAGAAGCUACUAUUUCUGAGCUUAUCCAAUAUAUAAAAGAUCUUUUACAAACUGAAAAGACAUAUGGGCAAGCCAUCGUCAAAUUGACUGAAAUUUCUUUUCUUGACAAAAUUAAGAAGAAAAAAUCAAUUGAAAUUUUCGGAAAAUUAAAAGAAGCAUUAAAUAAAAUCGGGAAAUCGCAUUUAGACGAAGCUCAAUACUUAAACGAGGGGCUUUUAGAAAACCUAGGCUUCAUAGAAAAAGACAUAAAAAAUAAGCAUAAAGAGCUAGAAAACAAAUUAAAAACCUCAAGCGCUGCCUUUGAAAGCACUGUUCAAAGCAUCCAAAAGCUUCAAACUAAAUUAAUUAGCGCACAAUCAAUAUAUCAGAAAGCUAACAAUGAUUAUCAAGAAGCAAAAAAAGAUUUAGUCCCUUUUGACACUUUAAUGAAAAAAGAAAUGAAACUGAAACUGACCAAAAAUGAGGUCAGCACUUUGCAAAACACUAUAAAACAGCUUAAAGAGAACAUGGAGGAGGAAUCAAAAAUAUACUUGCCUAAAGCACAAGAAAUAUUGGAAAAUCUAAGACAUGUAAAGCUCCAAAGGGCAGAACAAUAUAGAUCUAAUAUACAAAGCUGACUUGGGAGCCUUGAAAACUGUAUGAGAAUCUGCAUGAAUUUAGCCCAAGCUUUGCAGCAGCCAGGAGAUGAUCCCGAGCAAGGGGAAACACUCCCCACUUUGGAAGAAACUAAGAAAAAUCAAGGAUCAUUUAUUGAUAAAUUAACAGAAAAAGUUUUACCAAAUCUCGAUAAAUCGAAAAAACUCAGUAUUAAAGGAAUAUGAAAUAAAACAAUAAACAAAAAAGUUGACACUGUCCAAGAAGAAUUCGAGAGAUUAGAAAAUAAAUCCAAAAAGAUCAAGAAAAAAAUUAACGAAAUUGAUAUGUUUAUUAAACAUUUAAGUGAUGCAGAAAUGAGCUACUCAAAUGAAUUAAUGAGGAUUGUGCAGAGCUGGCAUGAAUUAGAAGAUUUAGGAUUAGGAGAAAGAUGAAGAGAAGUCACAAAAGGUAUCGAACAGACCAUUGAAACUAUAGAAAAGUUUGCAGCUGAAAUAGAUACAGCAAGAUUAGAGUUAAAAAAUUUUGAAAAAAUUAUCACAGAAUAUAAUGACUCUCUUAUUAUAGCAAAAGGAUAUCCAGAACUAAUAGAAUCAAGCCAGCUAAAGCUUAAAGAGCUAUAUGAAAAUAGAGACAAGUUCAUAGAAUCUUGCAAAAAUAAAAUAGUUGCAGCUUUAUCAUUAAAAUGCCAUACAUAAAAAUGGUGACAACAGACCACCCGACCUCUCGACCCUAUUUCUUCAACACCAGCAGGCAACGGCCCAGUGGUGGAGAUUUAGGUGGAAAGGGGUCGGUAAUCCUUUAUGUAUGUUCGGGCUGGGUUUUCUUCGAGCCCGAGGAGCUAAUCCUCGGACUUGGAGUUUUUCCUCCAGGACAACCAUUGGAAAGGGCAAGGUCGGCCAAUGUUUGAAGGCAAUAUGACCUUCAGACCCUGAAGACGGUAUUUGCCCAACGAGAAACUGGGAGAGUUUCGACCCAGGUGGUUGGCCCUUAGACUCCAGAAGCCAUGGAAGUCAAGACUGGUUGUGCGAAUCCCUUGUUUGAGGCAACAAGGAGGGUGUCCGCCGAGGCUCCCCGUGAGCGAUGAGCGUGUAGGGGUGCGAAUCCCCGGCCCUGCAAGGCAAACGUCGAAUUUUAAUUAAUUAAUCAUUAAAAUGCCAAGAAUGUUUAAAAUUUAUAUCAUCAAUAACGCAAUUUAUGAAUGAAUGUGAUAAUGUCGACAUAUCAGGAGAAUUUUCUAGCAGAGCCAAAAUCCAUAGAUACCAAUGCCCAUUCUAUAUUUAUGAAGUCGAAAACUCAGAAAAUCCUUUAGAAGCUUUUCCAGAAACUGUAAAAAUUGGCGAUCCUGAAUCUGCGUUUUGGUUCAAUGACUUAUUAACUACUUAUUUAUUUGAAUGGGCUGAGUCCUCAAAAUUCCAAGCAUGAAUUUGUAGGAGAUUAAAAAGGGUUUAUAAUAAAGGAAGACCCCAAUACAUGGGUGAAAUUCAAGUCAAAGGUGUAGAACUAAGUGGCCAAGCCCCAGAGGUCAAAGAUUUUACUCCAUUAGCAAAGGAAAAUGAUCUUGAUUUUUUUUAUGAGUUUGACUUGUGGUUUAGAGGGGAAGUCAGAAUCAAUCUAGAAUUUGAAGUACAGUGGAGUUUGGCGACGGUAACUGUAAAUGUUAAAGCAAUUUUUAGGUCUUUAUAUGGAAGAAUGAUACUAUUUUAUACACCUUCUGAUAGAGGAAAAAGUUGGUAUUCUUUUGUAGCUGAGCCUGCUUAUCAGAUCGCUAUUGAGCCUGUUUUAGGAAAAAUGAAUAAGGUUGCUUUGAGUAAAUUCCCACAAUUAAACACUUUUCUUGUAUCAAUAUUAUCAAAAAAAAUCAGAAAAUUUGUGUGGCCUAAUAAAAGAUCAGUUAAAAUUCCUAAAGGGAAAAAAUUACCUAAAAAUAAAACAAAUAAUUAA